AUUCAUGAUUCGCCCAUCAAUCAUGCGUCACCAUCGUUACCUCAAUUCAUCUCCCAGAAUUUAUCGUUUACGUAAUAUCGGCGAGAUGAAAUCGGCUCGGAAAAUAGAGAUGACAUCAUCGCAUCGAACGUAAAAAUCAUGGGUCCCCCACUAAUCCCUGAUCCCACCCUUGUAAUUCCAGACCAGCUUUGAUCAUUAAACUUGUUGACAUCAAGUCGCUUAGGAUAAUCUAAGAAACCCCGCAAGACUUACAGGGAGGAGGAGGAGGAGGCUGAGGAAGAAUCACCAAGGAGGAGUGAGACCCACUCCACACCAACCAAGAUGCCUUUCUUCAAGAAAAAGCCUACAGAACCAAAACAAAACAAAGAUGUUUGGGAGGUGGAGGUGAUGAUGCACAAACAGAGUGAUGAAGCUAGAAAGCGAAUGGAGCACUGCCAGUUCUUGGCUCAAGCUUCCCCGGAACCUGACUAUGAUUUAUCAAAAUGUGAACUUACAGAGGUGCCAGCAGGGACAUUUUCUCAGUGCAAGGUUUUUAGAAAAGAGGUUUUGAUCAUGAGUGAUAAUCUACUUUCAUCAUUGAAUGGCGGAGGCAACAUCAAAGAUCUAUCAUUACUCAGGGUUCUUGAUUUGAGGAACAAUCGAUUCCCUCAGUUUCCCGAUGGACUAACUGAGCUAGGACAACUACAAGUCCUGGAUGUCACUGAUAAUAAACUCAAACAGCUACCAAAGAAUAUUGGCAAGCUACAGGCGCUACAGACACUCAACGCAAGAGGUAAUUCUUUGAAGGAGCUUCCGGAGAGCUUGUGCCAGAUGAAAUCAUUAAGAACCCUAGAUAUUUCACAUAAUCAAGUUAGAUCAUUACCAAGGAAAUUCUGCAAUAUCAAGACACUAGAGAGCUUAACACUGGAUGUAGUUCACAUGACCUACCCGUCACCUGAUAUAUGUCAAGAUGGAACAGAAAAUAUUAUGAAAUAUAUGUGUGCAGAAAAUGGUAUUGAGUACUCCCCACCGUCUAAACACCUCUUACCGGUGUUGAACACAUACUCAAGUGCAUCAGAAACAUCAGUUUCCGCUCUACAAGCCUUGCAGCGUGAAGAGGAUCAACUGAACAGCUCUGUUCUUAAAUACGAGACCAAGAAAAACCAGAAGCAGAAUGACUUUGCCAGGUUGGAACAGGAACUAGCCCAGUUGGAGGCCCAGCAGGCCCAAAUUGCUGAGUCCUCAAACAGGAACAGGGCUCUCUUACUACAAUCAUUAGCAAGGGAACAAGCAGAGAGUGACUCGAACAUCAGGAAUAUACAGGAGAAGUCAGAAUGUGAAAGAAGACAGAUGAUAUCAUCAUUACAGGAAGUUGAACACAGAUCAGCAGACCUCAUCCAACAACUGUUGGAAAUGAAUGAAAAGGCCAAAAAGAAAGAAGCAUUCCUAGAUGAGAUGGAGAGGAAAAUGAUGGAAGAUGAGGAGAUGUUCAAGAUUCAGGAGGAGGAGAGGAAGUUAGUCAGAGAACAUGAUGUACUCAUAUCGAUGGAAGGAAUCCUAAGGGAAAGACAUGCCCUAGAAUCAAAGAGAUUGAAAUAUGAAGAGCAUAGGGACAGCGUUACCAAACAAGCAAUGGAAUUGGAUGAAUUAGAAAUGAACAAGCUAGGAGACCAACUCAGCUCCAUCAAGCAUAACCGAGACGAGAUCUUCAAAGAACUUAUGCAAGAAGAAGAAUUUCAACGGCAAGCCUUUCAGACUCUCCUUAUCAACAAAGAUACCAGGCAUAAGAGACUUUCAGAAACGAUCUACAUGAUCCAGCAGCAGCUUGCCGAAGUCACAAUGGCCGAGAUCGAGAAGCGUAACAUGAAGGCCGAUUCAGCCUCGUUGGCCUUGGAGCAGAAACGAGAAGACCUUGCGGCCUUGCUCAAACAGCUCAUGAUGCAGAGGGAGGAGAGAGAGGAAGCCCUCAAACAAAGAAUGCUGGAGAUGGAGGAGCUGAGAGAAAGGACAGAACAGGAUUACUGGUUGGUGCAAUAUCAGAGGCUUUUGGAUAAGAAACCACAAUCACUCAUCGAUCAGGAACACAAACUUGAACUUGCUGUGGUUGAUAUCUUACAAGAGGCUGGUGCAGAAGACUACAUCCCUAAAUUUGCCAGGCAUCGUGUUUCCAUAGAAACCAUGAUGCAGAUGGGUAUGGAAGAGCUGAGAGAGAUUGGAGUCCACGAGGUCGGUCUCCGCAAGGCCAUCUUGACUGCCGUCCAAGGCUACGUCCAAGCCCAGACCAGAGCGAUGGAGAAAGCAGCCGCCAUCGAGAGACCGACAGAACCCUCCGCCCCACCCAUGGAGGACGGUAGCAGUAAGGGUAAGAAGGGCAAGGAGGAGGAGGAGAUGGGUGCUGCUGCAUCAUCGAGACCGGUAGAGGCGAUGGAAGCACCGGAAGGGUACACCCCUGAUGUCACCGUUAGGGUCACAACAGAGUGUGUUAUCUGCAUGGAGAAAGACUCUGAUAUGCUGUUUUUGAUGUGUGGUCAUAUUUGCUGCUGUGUCAAAUGCUCCCAACCACUGUUCAAGUGCCCCCUGUGUCGUGGAGACAUCACCUCGAAGAUCAUCGUAGGAAACUCGCCAGUUGGAUGAAAUUGGUUGGAUUCUGGUUAUAGCAAAUCAUAUUUAUAUAUUUUUCAUCUCUGUUUUGAAAAUAUUGUCAAGUCAUUUUUAUGUAUAUGAAUUCAUAUUUCAUAUUUAUGUGACUUUGAACAAAUUGUCAUAUCAAAAUGCGAGUCAUCAGAUUGCUCAUAUACAUUGUAUUAUGACUUGUUUUUUUUAUAUUCUAUAAAUUAUGUCUACAUGCAUUUUAUAUACAACUGUGUACGUAAUUUGUUUUUACUCGACAAAUUGAAAGUCAUCAUUACUUUGAGUUAUGCCAGACAUAUGGAAGCCUUCACUAGUCAGUACAAGUCUCAUCUCUAUGUUAAAAAUACUUAUUAAUCUACACAAAUCAUACGUUUCAUGUAUGAAUAUUUUUUUUUAUUACAAUUUAAUUGAAUUUCAGUGGUAUACAUCUACUGGACAUGCAUUUUUUUAUAUAGCAAUAGUGAUGCAUGUAUAUAUUUACAUAUUUGCACACACAAUAUAAACAGUGCAGAGGAUCGAUAUUUGUAUUAUACUACGUAACAUUUUCAUGACUUGGGGUUUCCUCUCAGCCGUAUUUCUUUCCUUUGUCAGCUUUACGUGCAUAUCCCCCUCAAAAGGAGAGAAUUUAUGAUAUUUCUAUAUUUCAUAUUUUACUUCUUCACUUGGCCUUUUUGCUAUCUCUAUGUACGAUGAAUGUGGAGUAACAGAGUGCAUUACACCAGUAGGCUUAUUUGGAGGUGCUAUUUGGGGACAUCGUGGUUUCGUGGUUACAACUCUUGUCUUUCAAUCAGAGGGACGUGGGUUCAAAUCCCAGCCAUGGCGUAUUUUCCUUUAGCAAGAAAUUUUCCCACAUUGUGCUGCCUACCCAUGUGAGGUGAAUGGGUACCAAGCAGGAUUAAUUCCUUGAAGGCACUUAGAGCUGGAAGGCAACUCGAGCUACAGGUGGGGUAAUGAUAAUAACAAUACACCUUACUAGAUAGUGCUAGAUAAAUACCUUUUAUUAUUAUUAUUGUUAUUAGUUUUAAAACAGAAAGCCUGUUUUCAGUUCCUGGUACAUACAUUAUGUUUCAUACUAAAGUGUAUUUUUUUUCACUUAAAUGAUAUCUCAUACAGAAUGUAAGAUUGUAUGUAUGUUCUGAUUUUUAAAAGUUGCUUUUAUUGUUUCAUGGCAGAAAAUACAAUUAGCAAAGAAUUAAAAAAAAAAUCUAACUCAAAUUGACUGGCGUUCAGAUGGGGGGGGGGGGGAUGGGGCUUGACAAAAACAAUAAAGGAGAAAAGGAAUGAAGAGGAACUGAAAAGGGGUGAAAAAAGAUAUUAUUUUGUGAGUAUUAUGAUUACCCGGUAUGUUGCAGGGGUCAAAUGUGAGAGUUCAAUAUUCAAGGGCAUGUUGAUGAGGAUUUAUAAAAUACAGUACAUGUACAUAUUUCUGUAAAUUUUGACUUGUAGUUAUAGUCAUGUAUAAUUGUUAGUUUUACUUUUAAUCACAAUUCCCUGUUUUUCUUUUCCUUUUAUUUUCAAAGCUUUGCUUGGCUAGUCUAUUAUUUAAAAGAUGAAAAAAGUGGCUGUAUUUGUUUUUUUUUUCAAGUAUGGAGAGGCAAAAACUGUCGGCAAUUUUGAAGGAAAAAAUAUUGAUUGAUAUGCUUAGAUCUCUCCUUAACAUUGGAAAAGCAUUCAAAUGUUUUAUUCCAUCCCAAUAAAAAUCAAUUAUAGUAUAGAAUACAGUAAUAACAAAUACAAUAUACAGUAAUAAGGCAAGAAAAUGUAAGAUAAAACAAAAGCAUAAGCUGAUACAAAUGACAAUAAAAAGAUGCAAUGUUGGAAUUGGGUGGUCAUAAAAACCUUUCAAGGUUGUCAAGAAAACCACUCUUAUUUAAAUGAAAUAAGUCACAUUAGAAUUACAAAUGUAGUAAAAAUACUAAUUUGAAAUAAAAUUCAAUAAUUGAAAACAUUUGAUAUUACAUGUUAUACGAUAAAUAUGUAAGUUAAAACACGUUUAACCGGACAAACCCAUCACGUAAAACAUACAAGGCAGUAAAAAUCAUUGCUUUCACACACUUGAUUAAAUAUAAUUUCCUGCUAAAAGCAUUCGUUGAACUGAUUGAUCUUAUUUCUAUUGGCAGAUGAAAAUAGAUAGAUGGAUAGAUAGAUAGAUAAAUGGUAUUUAUUAAAAUUCUCCACAUAUUGCAGUUAACAAACUGAAUCGCAUGUGAAUUACACACAGCUAAAUAUACAAGUAUACAUUUCAUUGAAUACAUUUUACAAUACGAUGUUCAAGUGUGUAAGUAAAUAAAAUACAGUAUACUGUAUACCAUUGAUCUUAUGAUACAAUUAAAACUAUUAACAUUACAUUCAUGCAUAACUGUAUUGUCAGGAUCAAGAAAGAUUUUUGGAAAGGGCAAGGAAAGAGUACAGGGUUAGAGAAUUUAGGUAGAAAAAAAAAGAAGAAAAACCAUUAGGAAGGGUAAGAUUGAUCAUGACAAGAACAUGUAACAAAUACAUAAAAAAAGAAAGGGCAAGUUAUGGCAAUGAACAUGACAAAUAAUCCUAACAGUAAUAUACAAUACAAAAAGCCUAAUCAUUCAAGGGUUUUUGUUGUACAAACGGAUCAAAUCAGGGAUUGGGCUGUUCCACAUAUGCUUAGUUUUACAUCUGGGUUCGUGUAUCUUUCUUGUCUUUCAUAGGUUAUUUGCAAUCGUUGGGGAAUGAACUGUUCAAACUGAACUGUAAAUAAUAAAGUCUUUUUAAAGAAGGCGACACUAAGAUCAUUUCGACGUUUUUCUAAUUGUUGUAAUUUUGACAGAGUAAGAGCAGUAGUGUAACAAUCAUAAUCAUUUCUAAAGAUAAUUCUUAAGGCGCGUUUUUGAAUUCUUUCUAAGCGUUGUAUUUGGGUAAUUGUGAGACCUACAUACAUGCAUGUGAAACAUUUACAUAUAUAUUGUAAUUCAAAAUAUAUUUGCAGGUUGUAGUACAUGUUGAUAAGUAUGCGGAAUCUAAUUCCUGUAAUUUGUAUAUCCCUUUUUUAUUUUCUCUAUUUUAUUACCUAUAGGAUGGUACAGUCUAGUUAGAAUAUGAUGUUUUGUUAAAUUGAUUUAUCUAUUUAUUUAUAGUUUGAUAUAAGAGGAAGAAUUAUGAAUAAAUAGAUAAAUUGUAUAGAAAAGUGAUAGUAAGAUAAUGUUGCAUAAAGUCAUUUAAGCUGUAACUUAAUGUUAUUUGAGUGUGAUGCUAAAAGUACAUGUACAUAGGAAAGAGAUAUAUAUAUAUUACAAUUAUUAUGUCUAUUUCUUUUUCUGACGGCAAAUAGUAUAUAUGUGGUAAAAUCAUUUGAAAUUUGUCUGACCAAUACUUAAAACUUGUGAUAUUUAAAUCACUAUCUGUGUGACAUGUUUGACAUAUAUAUGUUUCAAUGUUGAUUGAAUAUUCCUUGAAUAUCCUUAUUUAUCAUUCAAAAGGUGAGAGAAUAGUAAAGAUUAAAGAGUGGAGGAAUGGGAAUGUGAGAGAGAGAGAGAGAAGGUAGGAUAAGGGUAGCAGGGGGUGAAACUCGUUUUAAGUAAUUAUUUUCUUUUUUCAAAUGGCAUAAUGGAGACAGAUUAUUGUAUCUGAACAUGCAAUACAUGUACAUGUGUCAUAUAUUUCUUGUAGCUUUCAGCAUUGAGGAUAUAAUUCCUUCUGUGUAAAAACAAAUUCUGUGUUUUAAUUUUUGCAUGGUUUCAUCAAAUUUGUUAAUUGCCAGUCAUUGUUGCCUUUUGAUUGCUAGUCAAUAUUGCAAAUCCAUUUUAUGGUUUGUAAUGGGCUGGUAAUUGAACAGUGCAUGUUUGAUCUACAGAAUUCAAUCAUGCAGUAAUCUUCAUUACUGCUGUAUUUUUUAAAUCUUGGAAAUUUUGAAACUAUGAAUUAUUCAUUAAUGUACUUUUGAUGUAAUGUGUACAUAGUUUUCUUCAAAAUUUCUUCGGAUCAAUCUCUUUCCAAAGGUCACACAUUGAAUUUGAACUAGACAUCUUUUUAUGAUAUAUUUUUCCCCAGAAGGGUCAAAGAGAAGUGUCAAAUUUGAAAUAAUCUCUUUGGCCAAAUACUAUUGAUUUUGUUUAUCAACAAACCCCCCAAGCAUUUUGGGGUUAUCAGUUUCAACUGGUAGAUUUGUGUUUUGUAAUCAAGAACAUAUUUUCAAAUUUAGAUUUUGUUAAUUUAAUUAGGGGAGUGUUUUUAUACCCAUGUUGAGGGAUAAUAAUGCUGUUUUAAGUAGAUACAAGAGUAGAGUGUGCUGUUCAUAGUAUGAUGAAUAUAUAAAUACAUUUUAGUUAUACUAAGUUUCCAUCAAAUUUCAUUAUUAGGGGAAACACAAAUGGACCAAUUUUCUGGUUUGAAUCAUUUAAAUAUACAUUAUUAGUUACAGAAUGUUUUGUUUUGUAAUAUUGUUGCACCCCCUCCCCC